AUGGUGAUGGCGGUGGAAAACAGCAUGGUGCGGGUCGUGGUGCGGGUGCGGCCCCCCACCCCGAGGGAGCUGGAGAGUCAGCGGCGGCCUGUGGUUCAGGUGGUGGAUGAGCAGGUGCUGGUGUUUGACCCUGAGGAGCCUGAUGGGGGCUUCCUUGGCCUGAAAUGGGGCAGCGUCCACGAUGGCCCCAAGAGGAAGGGCAAAGACCUGACGUUUGUCUUUGACCGGGUCUUUGGCGAGGCGGCCACCCAACAGGACGUGUUCCAUCACACCACCCACAGCAUCCUGGACAGCUUCCUCCAGGGCUACAACUGCUCAGUGUUUGCCUAUGGGGCCACCGGGGCCGGGAAGACACACACCAUGCUGGGAAGAGAGGGGGACCCUGGCAUCAUGUACCUGACCACCACGGAACUGUACAGAAGGCUCGAGGCCUGCCGGGAGAAGAGGCUCGAGGUGCUCAUCAGCUACCAGGAGGUGUACAAUGAGCAGAUCCACGACCUCCUGGAGCCCAAGGGGCCCCUUGCCAUCCGUGAGGACCCCGACAAGGGGGUGGUGGUGCAAGGGCUUUCCUUCCACCAGCCGACCUCAGCUGAGCAGCUGCUGGGGAUGCUGACCAGGGGGAACCGUAACCGCACGCAGCACCCCACUGAUGUCAACGCUACGUCCUCCCGCUCCCAUGCCAUCUUCCAGAUCUUUGUGAAGCAGCAGGACCGGAUCCCAGGUCUGACCCAGGCCCUCCGGGUGGCCAAGAUGAGCCUGAUUGACCUGGCUGGCUCGGAGCGGGCGUCCAGCACCCACGCCAAGGGGGAGCGGCUGCGGGAGGGAGCCAACAUCAACCGCUCCCUGCUGGCCCUCAUCAAUGUCCUCAAUGCCCUAGCCGACGCAAAGGGCCGCAAGUCUCACGUGCCCUACCGGGACAGCAAGCUGACCCGCCUACUCAAGGACUCCAUCGGGGGCAACUGCCGUACGGUGAUGAUCGCUGCCGUCAGCCCCUCCAGCCUGGCCUAUGAGGACACUUACAACACCCUCAAGUAUGCCGACCGGGCCAAGGAGAUCAAACUCUCGCUGAAGAGCAACGUGAUCAGCCUGGACUGUCACAUCAGCCAGUACGCCAGCAUCUGCCAGCAGCUCCAGGCUGAGGUGGCCGCCCUGAGGGAGAAGCUCCGAGCGUACGAGGCAGGAGCCCAGGCCCCGCAGCAGGACUCCUCGCAGCCCCCCAAAGUGGACCCUCCACAUCAACCCCUUCCCAGCUGCCCCUCGCCAUCCCGCCUCCCCAGCCCUCCCUGCACCCCAGAGCUACGCCCAGGGUCGGCAGUCCUUCAAGAGGAGAGCCUGGGGACAGAGGCCCAGGUGGAGAAGGUCGUGGACGGGAGCUCUUCAGAAAGGGAGCAGCCCACAGAGGACCAGGACGAAGGCCUGGCUGAGGAGGUUCCAAUCCAGGUGCCAGCACAGAACCUCAGACACCCAUUGCCCGGCUCCCCUGACCUGACCCUGCGGCCCAAGCCAGUCGUGGACCACCUCCCACCACAGAACCUGGGCAGUGACCGUUCUAAGCAGUUGGCUCUGAGGGUGUUGUGCCUGGCCCAGCGCCAGUAUUCCCUGCUCCAAGCAGCCAACCUCCUGACCCCUGACAUGAUCGCAGAAUUCGAGAUGCUGCAGCAGCUGGUACAAGAGGAAAACACUGAGCCUGGAGCAGAGGCCACCGGGGAGCCUGACCCGGCCAGGGGGUCACCUCUGGCUCAGGAGCUACGUUCAGAGUCAAAGUCUCCAGGAUACUCCGGCCCUGUGACCCGGACCAUGGCAAAGCAACUGAGUGGCCUCAUACACGCUCUCGGGGUCCCACCCAGGCCUGACCGCACCUCAGCUCAGGCAUCCCAACGGCCCACAGAGAAGAAAAGGAGGAGACCGAGCCCCUUGGAGCCAGACAGCCCCCCAGCCCCGAAGCCCGGGACCAAGCGCCAGCGCCAGUCCCUCUUGCCCUGCCUGAGGAGGGGGACCCCACCUGAGGCUCGGCUUCCGUAUGGGCCCAUCACCCCCACUGGGGGAUGGGCCUCCUCCCCCUGCCAUUCCCCUCACUUCUGCCCAGCCACAGUCAUCAAAAGCCGGGUGCCCCUGGGCCCUUCCGCUCUGCAGAACUGCUCUACCCCUCUGGCCCUGCCUGCACGGGACCUCAACGCCACCUUUGAUCUCUCCGAGAAGACCCCCUCAAAGCUGGGCUUCCACGAAUGCAUUGGCUGGGACAGUGUCCCCCGGGAGUUGAACAGGCUGGAUCAGCCCUUCAUCCCCAGCGGACCCAGGCCCCUGUUCACCGUGAGGGGCCCCAAGCCGGCAACUUCCUUCCCUGGGACCUCAGCUCGCAAGAAGAGGCGCGUUGUGAGCAGCACCUUGAAGAGGUCAGCUGGUUCCCGCGGCCACAGUCGCAUCGCCCGCCUCCCCAGCAGCACCUUGAAGAGGUCAGCUGGGCCCCUGGCAAUCCCAGAGCCCCCCUCCAGUCUCCACUCCCCUGGCAACCAGAGGAGCCAGAAGGAACUGUUGGGGGUUGGGGGAGCGCUGUCAGCUGGGAGCUGCUCCGCCAAAGUGUCCUGA